CUCAUAAACAUCGCAUUCACCUUCGGCUCCGGAUCGUCACGCUGCUCCGCAGGGGCAAAGAAGACAUCAAGUAUUCUUGUUUGUUUUUGUUUUUUUAGCCAAAUCUAAAAAAUCCCGAGCAAAGAUGCAGAUUUUAAAUGCCACAAUAUAAGACAGGGAAUUCAAGCAUGUGCAUCGGGUAGAGUUUAGCGGCGCUCGAUUUGUUCACCGGGAAAGUAGUGGUUGCUCUAAUCUGGACAAUCCGAACACCGCGGUGCUAAAAGAGGAAAACAGACAUUUAUAGAUUUGCACUGGAACUUAAACAAAACGUAAAUUCAGAGAUUAUUCAUAGAGGCAAGCAUUCUUGGCCUUUUUUGUAGUCUUGAGAGGAGAAAUGGACCAGGGUGGCUGCCAGAUGAGCGGCGGCGGCGGCGGGGGCGGCAUGGACCGGAGCGGGGCGAUCACGCUGGAGGACCUGGAGUCCUUCUCCGAGGAGCAGCUGUCAGACUCCGGCAACGGCAGCCUGGAGGAGGAGGGGGAGACCAUGGAGGAGGACGAGGGCUCGGACCGACUCCUGCACUACUGGCAGGAGGUGGCGAGGGGACACCAAGUGGAAGUUUCCCAAGAUAUGGCAGAACCCAUUCAACAGCUAAGCAGCAACAACCACGGACGCAGCCACAGAGAACACAUCCCUUUUGCGCUCCUCGCACGCAAGGAGAAGUGCGGGGAGGUGCUAUAUGAGAAGCGUCAGUAUGAAAAGGGUCGCUGGGCUUGUAUAACGAUGCGCGAGGAGACAUAUGAACAGAGCAUCUGCUACGGUUUCAUGAGGAUAAUGAGAUACAUCUGCAACCAGAAUUCCGUAGGUGGCUACCUUGGCAUGACGCUGCCCAUCGUGACAGUGGUGCGCACAGACGAGACCAGUUCUGUGAUUUCCCAGGACGUCACCGUGGCCUACUACCUUCCUCUGGAGUACCAGGCCCAGCCCCCGCGGCCGGAGGACGAGGAGAUUGUCAUAGAAGUUUGGCCUGCUGCUACUGUAUACACAAGGCCCUUUUCUGGUCCCACCAACGAAGUGACCAUAAUGAGUCAGAUCAACGCCAUGGCUGAACUUCUAGACUCUCCGAGCGUUUGCGUCAACAACUCGUUCAUCGUGGCCGGUUACACCAACCCCGCUCACAGCAACCGUCAGAAUGAGAUCUGGUUCUUGGAGCGGCCCUGAGAGGACAGCAGUUUCCUCCGGCGAGCCCUUGAGCCUCAUAAACUCUUUAACACUGCCCCCAGCUCAGCUACAGCCUCAGGUGCAACAUUGUCUUUUAGUCACCCUCUACCUGAAAUGACCACCAGCCUAGCACUCUCCAGAGCCGACGAGUUUUGAUUCAAGAAAAGAAAAAACAUUCUGGCCCGUACUUUAACCUCAGUGACAAUUCCUUGGUUUUUAGAUAGAUCCUUAGUUCACCAACAAGAAGAAAAAAGAAAAAAAAAAGAGUUCAACUCAACUGCCAUACUCUCAAACACAAACAGACGCUAGUGUGAACCGUUGUUUUCACCUCCAGCUUUGAGGCGGCUUCUAAGUGUUUUCCUGAGCACCCUCUUGUUGAAAGUUGAGAUAGUUUUAACUGUUAGCACUCUGUUAAACAUGAUAACCACCGAGUGGUGUCAGAAACAUGUGACAGUGCAUCUGCCCUCAAAGAGACAUGCUCCCAGCGGACACGCAGCCUUACCGUGCUCCCUUUCCCUCCUGUUGCACAGCCAUAACGUCUAGUCGUGUGAGUGACACCAUCACUCUGCAGCUUGUUGAGCGGGUUUUAAGCUCAGACACUGCGGCUGCAGUCUCUCUUUAUCUCUGGACUCCACAACUCACUGCGAAGUCGAAGUGACGCCUAACAGCAAGUGCAAUAUCCACGAGACGACAAACUAUCGAAGAGCCAGUUUUCCGUGCCACUAACCAAACGCAAUCUAAAGAGUGCGUUCAGUUGCUCACAUUGUGGGUUACGGGGAAAAUCUGAAGCCUCCUUCACAGUCAGACAGGCAUUUUCCAGGCCAGAAACAGUGGCCUCGACCAUAACUAAACUCAACCACAGGUGACACUAAUAAUAUAGCUGUAAAACAAGCAAGUUAAUGUUUUUACGAAUGAAUGUAAAGCUACGAGGCAUCACACUUCUUGACUUCUACAAACCAAAUGCUGAAAACUCACAGAUUUUUAUUGCUGAGCGACAAUCAAAAAGUACAAACACGUAAGCGAUGCAAGGUUAUGCAUUCCUUGUGAUUCAGGACUUGUUCUCACUCUCUCACACAGAAAAGUAUUUCGGUGUACCUCUUUGUCACGCUCUAUUUGCUACUCUUUGUCGAUGUUCGUAAGCACCAAUGUAUUGCACACUGCUGCAGCUGAGUAGAGAAGAUGCAACCGAGACAAAUAGUGCACAGAGAAUAUAUACUAUGAUUAUAGUAUUUAAAAACAAAAAUAAAAAAACAAAAAAAAAUACAAAAUUUUGUUGUAGUUAAAAAUGUUGAGAAUAAUCUGUAAAAAAGGAAAGUGUUUCUCUUCGUAACAGUUGAAAGUCAAUCACAACAACAAAAUGCAUUUAAGAUAAGAGGAUAAUGCCAACUAUAAAUGGAUGUGACAGUCAUGUGGGAUUGUUUUGGGUGUUUUUGUGCUGGAUAUGUAAAUUUCCUGCUGGAGUGCCAGUGAAGUGAAACUGGAAGCUAAACCAUCACACUGUGAAGGUGUUGAGGGAAUAUCUGAAGUGCUAAGGCGGGCUGCGGUUUAAAGCCUAGUGAUUGUUUGGCAAAUAAAGAAUCAGUUCAACCUCAACAGGAAGAAGGUUGGCUUAAUUUUUUAUAUGACCUCCAAAAAACAAAGAAAUUGAAUGUCCUUUGUAUGGGGUUGAGAAAGUUCGUCUAGUUUUAAUCGAAAGCACUUUGGUUGACAUGAGGACAUCCGAAUCCAAAGAAGUUAUUUUGAAUUAAAUGAAAGUAGCACUUAUCUGUGUAAACACUUGCAAAGCCAUGACACAUGUAGGUCGGUUUCCCCCCUUCAGAACCAGGUUACAUGGGAUCUUCAAGUCUGUCCAUCUUACUUUGCUUUCCUUUAUUUUAUUUAGUGUUUUGCAAAUGUGUGAUGUACUGUGAAAAUUCAAGUGCAACAAAUGAGCGCUACUGUGGUUUUCUUUGUUCAAUUAAAAAAGAGA